UGUUAACUUGACCAAUUAUAACCAACACUCAGCACGCGUCACACAAUGGCAACAAGCCAAGCUACGCCUCCAGCAAGCGGCUCCAUUCUGCUGAAAGGCGGCACCCUCUUGUUUCAUAACGAGCGAGAUGAUGUGACGCCUCUCAGGGACACCGAUGUCCUUGUGCAAGGCAAUCGAAUCGCCAAGAUUGGGAAAGGAAUUGCACCCCCUGCAGGAGCUGAGCUCCUUGACUGCAGCGGCAAGAUCAUCAGCCCAGGCUUUAUUGACACUCAUCAUCACCUCUGGCAGACCCAACUUAAAGGCUAUCAUGCAGACCAAUCAGUCUUUGAUUACAUUCCCUCAGGUUACUGGCAAAGCCAUGUCUACUCUCCCAAGGACAUGUUCUGGGGCCAGUUGGGUGGCGCAUUGGAGGCGAUAGAUGCAGGAACAACCUUCGUACUUGAUCACGCCCACGGCAAUCAGACGAACGAACACGCCACCCAAGCACUAUCAGCCACAAUCGCUUCAGGUAUUCGCUCAAUUUUCGCCUAUUCACAGGCUCCGUACUUCACCAAAUGGGACUCCAAAAGCUGCGAACUAUCGAUGGAUAUCAUGCCCGACUUGAGCAUGGCGCAUAUCUUCGAGCUCGCGAAAGGACAACCCUAUGGAAACGGGAGGGUUCAGAUCGGCUUCGGCUUUGACUACUGGUUCCUGCCCAAAGAGGCUAUCGUAGGCAUUUUCAACGGGCUUCGUCAGGCUGGUGUCAAGCUCUUCACAUCCCACUAUGCCAAGAAUCCAACUUUUGGAGCAAACCCGUUGAUUCACACCCUAGAGGCAUAUGGCCUCAUCAAGUCACCGAGUGACAUCUUGCUCUCACAUGCCACAGGCCUUGAUGCGAGCGAGAAGGCCAAAUUGGCUGAAACCCAGGUUGCUGUUUCCAGCACACCAGAAACGGAAGCUCAAAUGGGCUUUGGCUGGCCGCUCGCCUUCUCAUCAGGUAUCAACUACACGAUCGGCGUCGAUUGCCACACAAACAACACAUCCUCAAUUCUGUCUCUGGCUCGAUCUGCUUUGCAGAUGGCCCGCCAACGCGAGACUAUCUCAGAGACGAUUGGUCCAGAUGGUGCCCCUCAACGAAUGAAUCUCCAACCAGCGGGUGGCACCCAGGAUGCUUUUAACGCAGCAACCAUCAACGGUGCCCGCGCAGUCCUUUUGGGGGACGAGAUUGGGUCACUGAAGGAGGGAAAGCUGGCUGAUCUUGUCCUCUUUGAUGCUGCUGGAAGCGUGAGCAUGAGUUGCGUUGCAGACUCGGAUCCCUUGACUGCGGUUGUUCGUCACAGCGAUAUUCGAGAUGUCGAGGCUGUUCUCAUAGAUGGAGUCUGGAGGAAGAAAGGCGGCAAAGUCUGCCCGGUGACAGUUGGAGAGACAGGAUCCACUUUACAUUGGACUGAUAUCAGAGAUAAGUUGCUUGAGAGCCAGCGGGACAUACAGCAGCGGCAGAAGAAUUUGAACAUGGAAAAGGCGAAGGAGGCGCUGGUUGCCAUGUAUCGAAUCAACACAAGCAACUUAAUCAAAAAGCCGAAGGAAAAUUAGGCCUCUACUGGUAGCAUGUAAUUCGACACUACUGAGAACUUGAGCACUUGUGAGAUUGAUCUAGUAUUGUAAUCCCGCGUCAAUUUAAUACAAAAGUUAGUUAGGG